UUUGCUCGUUACACUAACGUGUUUCUCCCCUUCCAUUGUUGAAGAAAGUGGGUGAUUUAAUGAGGAUUUUCUUUGAAUUUUGAACAGCCAACAUCAAUCGGCAAGAUUGGAAAAUUCGUUUUAUGCCAGAAAGCAUAUCUUCUUUUUGUUCAAACAAGCACUUGAAUCUGCAAUAAAUACAGUACAACUGUGACUGGUUACAAUGUCUGGCUUCUGUGACCGGUUUUCCUGUGAGGACUGUUGCGAGGGAAUCAGGGAAAGGUUCGAAGACAAGCGCAAUAUGGUGGCAUCUGCAGUUAGUGGGGCUUUCUUCUUCGUCGGCUGGUGGAUUCUGAUUGACACUGCAUGCACGUACACAAGUGGAGGGGAGCUGCACAAAGCAUACCAUAUAGCAGGUGCAUUGGGCACUCUUUCCUUCUUCAUGGUGAAUGCCCUCUCCAACGGGGUCAUCCGAGGAGAUGUGGACACCUGUCUCAGUCCCAUGGUGGCUCGCAUCUGGCUAUUCCUCGGAUUCAUGCUCGCGUUCGGGGCAGUCAUCGCCAGCAUAUGGAUAUUCAUUCAGGGAUAUGUGACCAAGCAGAGUCAAACUAAUCCCCCUCCGGUGUGGGCGGGAAUCGGAAUUAUGGCCCAGAAUCUCUGCAUUUUCCUCGCAUCCUCCAUCUACAAAUUUGCACGAAAAGAAGAAGACAGCUCCUUUUAAUUCAUUGCUCAAUUUAAAAACGAAGACGUAAUCGAGUUUGAUUAAACCAGCCGAAAAUGCGCUUAGUGUGUAAGCCAGCCAAAGCUUACGUCAUUUGCGAGAAUCUUGCAUAACUUUCGUAACUAUAACACAAUCAUUACAUAAUUAUUAUUUAACUGUCAAGUAUUUUUUUUUCGUCUAAUUUACCGAGUAGCUGGUUUAUACUUCGGCUUGUUUUUAUAUUGAACUAUUUACUUGAGUUCGGAUCUGUCACAGAUACUGUGCCGAGAUUUUUCUGUAGUUAAAUGAGGCGUUUUAUGUUUUGUAAACUCAGUAUUGAAUUUAGACUAUUAAUUAAAAUGAACCUUCCCUUUGCUUUAAGAAAAAAGCAAUUUGUAAUUGAAAUCUCAAAUGUUUG